AUGCUCGCUCGUUCGCUACCUUGCACCUGCAAAGGUAUAGCGGCCGCGCGAUGGCGGGCAGCACGCAACCAUUCGCUAAGACGAUCAUGCAAAAGGUCGAUGCCGGCCACAGUGGUAGAUGCCAUGAAGCCAAAAUGCGAUGGCAUGCCGGCAUCCUCAAUGGCCACCCAGGCGACUGCACGCUUCAAGCCUAUCGAGCAGCAUAUUCGACUAGAGGGCCAGAAAUUUGUCAGAGACGAUUGGACUAAUGUGCCAGAGUCCAUCUUGUCUCGCAUAGGCAAGCGCCUUUAUCACAAACCCGAUCAUCCGUUAGGCAUUCUCUGCCAGCUGAUCAUGCAAUACCUACCAGCGCACGAUUGGCUGCCAUAUCUGUCUCCUAUCACUACGCCUCAGCACAACUUCGACGAUCUCGGCUUUCCAGUUGGACAUCCCGGGCGUUCCAAGAACGAUAGCUACUACAUCAAUGCCGGCACGAUGCUGCGGACUCAUACCUCGGCACAUGAAGUCGCUGCCUUUGGCGAUGGUCACGAGCGAUGGCUUCUGGCAGCAGACGUCUAUCGACGAGACGAAAUAGAUGCGACGCACUACCCAAUCUUUCAUCAGUGCGAGGGCGCGUUCAUCAUCAAAGAUGGCACUGCAGCGACUUUGCUGCCUGCAAUAGAGCAGAUUGAGAUGGAAAUCGCAGGGCAUCGCGCGCUCGUAGACGAUCAGAGCACUAUCAACGAAGCUAUCAACUGGUAUCAGCCACAUCAUGAACGUGCCGAAGUCGACUUGCUAGUCAGACAUCUCAAGGCGACACUCAACUUACUCAUCCUGAAGCUUUUCAAGCGAGAUGGCCAGACGCUACAGAUUAGAUGGUUAGAUGAUGUCUUUCCGUUUACGAGUCCGAGCUUUCAGGUGGAAGUCUUCUUCGGGGGCAAGUGGCUCGAGCUGCUCGGGUGUGGUAUCGUGCUUCAACGCACGCUCGACCGCGCCAAUGUACCCGGCAAGCUCGGCUGGGCAUUUGGUCUUGGGCUCGAGCGGAUAGCAAUGGUCCUCUUUGGCAUUCCAGACAUACGGCUCUUCUGGUCAAACGAUGCACGCUUCCUGUCGCAAUUCGAGACGGGCAAGAUCAAUCAGUUUGUGCCCUAUUCGAAAUAUCCGGCGUGCUACAAGGACUUCAGCUUCUGGGCGCCGCCCGAAUUUCACGAGAACGAUCUCUGUGAUCUGAUACGCUCGGUAGCGGGGGACCUUGUGGAGGACGUCAAGCUUAUUGACAACUUUGUGCAUCCCAAGACGGGAAGAACAAGCAAGUGCUAUCGUACCAAUUAUCGCUCGAUGGAUCGCUCAUUGUCGAAUGAGGAGAUCAAUGACCUGCAGAAACAGGUGGUCGCCAAAGCACUCGAGCUCGGCCUGGAAGCACGCUGA